AUGUCAAUUCCAAUCGCACCCUCAAUCGCUACGAAUCCUUCGUCGCCCGAUUCUUUCGUUGAUGAAGAACUCAAUCCAGGUCCAUCAGGGCCAUGGCAGUCGUCUCCAACUUCAGCUCCUGGCUCACAACCACCCCGCGCUGCCCCUCUCCAGAAACGAAGAAGAGUAACUAGAGCAUGCGAUGAAUGUCGAAGGAAGAAGAUCAAAUGCGACGGAAAACAGCCAUGUACCCAUUGCACAGUAUACUCGUAUGAAUGCACCUAUGACCAGCCUUCCAAUCGGCGUAGAAACCCGGCCCCGCAAUAUAUCGAAGCAUUAGAAACUCGUCUGCAGCGCGCGGAGACUUUAUUGAAGACCGUCCUGCCGGACGUUGAUCUAAACGAUCCAACAGACAUUGACGUUGCGAUUGCACAGAGACAGGCGAACGCCAAGGACUCCACAGGCGAGGCCUCAUCGAACAUCAAGAAUGAAUACGAAGCGGAACAAGAUGCUCAGCUGCGAUCAAUGAUCACUUCUACUGGACAACUUGAUCUGGAUGAGCAUGGCCGAUGGGAUUUUCAUGGUGGAUCCUCUGGGACUGUGUUUGUUCGACGAAUGCGAGAGCAGAUGGGAGGACUUCUGGGAGAGGCAAACAAUGGAUCUCCUUUUCUACCAAGAUUACCGAGAGCCUACCCUUCUGUUGUAUUCAACUCUCCCGGCUCCGCACAUGAUUCACCGCUCGAAUCAGGUCUUCCAAACACAAUAGACUUGCCAGCCAAAGAAGUCGCGCUACAUCUACUCAAAUAUUUCAGAGCAGCGCGCCAGAUGAUGGAUGUUACAGAUUGCCGCGAUCUUACGGCGUUACAGGCCAUCCUGUUCAUGAUCCUCUUUCUGCAGUCUUCAGCGAAUCUGAGCACUUGCUACUCUUAUAUAGGAAUUGCUCUAAGAUCUGCUUUGCGGAUGGGACUGCACCGAAACAUCCCCCACAAUUUCAACCCGAUCGAGAAACAAGUUCGAAGACGAGUUUUCUGGGUAGCGAGAAAGAUGGACACUUAUGUUUCCGCGAUGCUUGGGUUUCCUCAAAUGCUCAGUCUAGACGAUGUUGAUCAGAAGUUACCUGCCGAAGUUGAUGAUGAAUACAUCACAAAAGACGGAAUAAUCCCAAUGCCGGAGGGGACGACAUCGCUGUACGCUGCAUCGAAUGCGCAUACGAAUCUAAUGAUAAUUUUGACAAAGGUAAUAACCUAUAUAUACCCAACCAAAGGGCUUGAAGAAUCCAUCCAGAAUGGCGCAAAUCCAUGUUACGUUAUAAGUCACGCAAAGAUUAGAGACAUUGAGCGCGAUCUCAAAGAGUGGCUGGAUAAACUCCCAAUGGGACUUCGACCUGGUGGAGAUGUGUCGCCAAAACUCGUUCGUAUUCAGCAGCUUCUCCGCCUAGCAUACGCUCACGUUCAGAUGAUGCUUUAUCGCCCAUUUUUACAUUACGUUUCAGAAAAGUCGCCAGCCAGCAAAAAUCUGGACGAACGAUCAUAUGCUUGCGCCGCUGCAUGUGUCAGCGUCUCGCGAAAUAUUGUACAUAUCACUACGGAAAUGAAGAGGAGGGGCUUUUUGCUUGGGGCUUAUUGGUUCACGAUGUAUACAACGUUCUUUUCUAUUCUAUCGUUGGUGUUCUUUGUGUUGGAAAAUCCAAACAAGUCUGGAUCUCAAGAGAUCCUCGCAGACGCCAUGGAUGGCAAGGAAGCACUAGAUGGUCUUGCGCGGGGAAGUCAGGCUGCAGACAGAUGCUCAACGGCAUUGAAAGGACUUUUCGAGCAACUGCCGACGCACCUGAAGGAAAGCCGUGGUUCUGCGCCAACCCUCGCUAAGAAGAAACGAUCCGCUCCAUCCCCUCCAACCGAGUCGGCAGUAAAGAGCACCCCAUCUCUUUGGAAUCCUCCUCGGGAUGAUAUAAAUGGUCCUGAUAUUGCUUUUAUCUCACGUGCACGAACUUUUCCCACCCCAGCACCGGCUCACAAUAGUCCCAGAGCGUCUCUUGAUGGAGCAAGAUUCCAAACGAAUACCGCAUCCAAUCCCAACCUUCGAAAUAGCUUCCAGGAACUAAUGACGCCUUCGGACAUCUCGACAGUGGGAACUCCAGAAUCCAGCACGUCGAGUUACGUUCAUCCACAACAAUUUACCAUAAAUAGCUCGGUUCCGGAUCUCAGUGCGAUGAUGUUCCCGUCCGCGGAUCCAUUUGCAUAUCCACCAAACCACCCUAUUAUGAAUUAUGAAAACGACAAACAAGAGCCCUUGGCUGGUUACAACAGCUCGCCCAACCCGACUAUAUAUGUGUCGAACGGGAAUCCCAACCCUGGAAUGUACGAUGACUUAGAGGGGCAGAUCUUUGGUCCUUUACCACCAUAUCUUACACAGGGACCACAAAAUUUUGAAUAUCAAAAUCAGAUGGAUAUGGGACCUGGAAUGAUGGAGAACAUAGGCCCUUCCAUAGGCUACAACACUGGAUUAGCACCGGAUGGAAAUAUGAAUUUCGUGCUUUCGGGGGAGAAUGGAUGGAGUAAUAUGGUGAAUGAUCAGCGAUACCGUCCGCAGUGA